UUUUAUAUACAAAAAAAUUUAUCAUCAUAAUCAACAAAAUGUCAUCAAUGUCGAAUGAAUCAGAUUUUAUUGAUGAAGAUGAAUCCGAUUUUGAGGAUGAAACAUUCGGUGUUGGUGGUAGUAAAACAAAUAAAUCAAAAGCUACAACUAGUAAAAAACAACAACAACAACAACAAAAUGGUAAACAACAAAAGAAACGUCAAAGUAUUGAACGUAUAUAUCAGAAAAAAACACAAUUGGAACAUAUUCUAUUAAGACCGGAUACAUAUAUUGGUUCUGUUGAAAAAGAGACAAAGCAAAUGUGGAUCUGGGAUAAAGAUGAAGAUAAAAUGGUAUUUCGUGAAAUUACAUAUGUUCCAGGAUUGUAUAAAAUAUUUGAUGAAAUACUUGUCAAUGCUGCUGAUAAUAAACAAAGAGAUAAAUCAAUGAAUUGCAUAAGAAUCGAUAUUGAUGUCGAUGGCAACGAGAUAACCAUUUAUAAUAAUGGUAAAGGAAUUCCUGUUAUUGAACAUAAAACAGAAAAAUGUUAUGUACCAACAUUAAUAUUUGGUCAUUUAUUGACAUCAUCAAAUUAUAAUGAUGAAGAGAAAAAAGUGGUCGGUGGCCGUAAUGGUUUUGGCGCCAAAUUAUGUAACAUUUUUAGUACAAAAUUCCAAGUAGAAACUUCAUGUAAAGAAUAUCAUAAGUCAUUUUUACAAAUUUGGAAUGAUAAUAUGAAGGACACAAAGGAUCCUAAAAUCAGUACAAAUGCAACAGAAGAUUUCACUCGCAUAACAUUUCAACCGGAUUUAUCUAAAUUUAAAAUGAAUUGUCUUGAUAAAGAUAUUGUUGCAUUAUUCUCACGACGAGCAUACGAUGUUGCCGGUUCAACACGUGGUGUAAAAGUAUUUCUUAAUGGAAAAAAAUUACCAAUCAGUGGUUUUAAAGAAUAUGUUGAACUUUUUGUCAAAGAUCGUCAAGAUGAAAUUGGUAAUAAUAUCAAAGUUGUCCAUGAAAAUGUUAAUGAUCGAUGGGAGAUUGCUGCCACCGUUAGUAAUAAUGGCUUUCAACAAAUCAGUUUUGUCAAUAGUAUUGCAACAACUCGUGGUGGUAAACAUGUUGAUCAUGUUUCCGAUCAAAUUGUCAAUAAAGUGACCGAAGUUAUUAAAAAGAAAAAUAAAGUUGGCAUCGCUGUUAAACCAUUUCAAAUUCGUAAUCAUCUUUGGGUGUUUGUCAAUUGUUUGAUUGAAAAUCCUACAUUUGAUUCGCAAACCAAAGAAACAAUGACAUUACAGGUGAAAAGUUUCGGUUCAACCUGUUCACCAGCGGAUAAAUUUUUCAAUAAUGUAUUUAAAGUUGGUAUCGUUGAAGCUGUUUUAUCAUGGGCCAAAUUCAAAGCUCAGACUGAGCUAUCAAAAAAAUGUCAUUCAAAGAAAUAUGCCAAAUUGACUGGCAUUCCUAAACUAGAAGAUGCAAACGAUGCUGGCACAAAAAAUUCAAUCGAUUGUACACUAAUUCUAACUGAAGGUGAUUCUGCCAAAUCUCUUGUUGUUGCUGGAUUAGGCGUAGUUGGUCGUGAUAAAUAUGGUGUAUUCCCUCUUCGAGGUAAAAUGCUCAAUGUACGUGAAGCAUCUCAUAAACAGAUUCUGGAAAAUGCCGAAAUAAAUAACAUCAUCAAAAUUGUUGGUCUUCAAUAUAAGAAACAAUAUCAAUCAAUCGAUGAUCUCAAAACACUUCGUUAUGGUAAAUUAAUGAUUAUGACCGAUCAAGAUCAAGAUGGCUCACACAUUAAAGGAUUGUUGAUUAAUUUCAUACACCAUAAUUGGCCAUCAUUACUGAAAUUAAACUUUCUAGAACAGUUCAUUACACCAAUUGUAAAAGCAUCAAAGGGUAAUGAGGUUCAUUCAUUUUAUAGUUUACCAGAAUUUGAAGAAUGGAAAAAAUCCAAUCCAAAUUGGCUUCACUACAAGAUAAAGUAUUAUAAAGGUUUGGGUACUUCGACUUCGGCUGAAGCAAAAGAAUAUUUUACUGAAAUGGAAAGACAUCGUAUAAAAUUUCAUUAUUCUGGUCAUGAUGAUGAUCAUUUUGUUCAAUUAGCUUUCAGUAAAAAAAUGGUUGAACAACGUAAAGAAUGGCUUACAAAUUCGUUAGAAGAACGAAAACGUCGAAGAGAAUUAGGCUUACCGGAAAUGUAUCUAUAUGAAAAGAAUACUCGAAACAUUACAUACAAAGAUUUUGUUAACAAAGAAUUGAUCCUGUUCAGUAAUAUGGAUAAUGAACGUUCGAUUCCAUCAUUGGUGGAUGGAUUGAAACCAGGCCAACGUAAAGUGCUUUACACUUGUUUUAAACGAAACGAUAAACGUGAAGUUAAAGUAGCUCAAUUAGCCGGUUCAGUAGGUGAACAUAGUGCUUACCAUCAUGGUGAAGUAUCGCUUAUGUCGACAAUCAUAAAUUUGGCUCAGAAUUUCGUCGGUAGUAAUAAUAUUAAUUUAUUGCAACCUCUUGGUCAAUUUGGUACACGACUUCAAGGCGGUAAAGAUGCAGCCAGUCCUCGAUACAUAUUCACCAUGCUCAGUACGUUAGCAAGGAAAUUAUUUCCACAGCUAGAUGAUCCAUUGUUAAAUUAUCUUUAUGAUGAUAAUCUAAAAAUUGAGCCAGAAUACUAUGUUCCUAUUAUUCCUACUGUUCUGGUUAAUGGAGCCGAAGGUAUCGGUACUGGUUGGAGUACUAAAAUUCCCAAUUAUAAUCCACGUGAAAUUGUUGACAAUAUUCGACGUUUAAUGCAUGGACGAGAAAUUCGAUCGAUGAAACCAUGGUUUAAAGGAUUUAAUGGAACAAUUGAACAAAUUGACACGCAACGAUUUGUGAUAAAUGGUGAGGCAGCUAUAUUGGAUAAUGGCAAAUCAUUUGAAAUCACUGAACUACCGAUUCGUGUUUGGACUCAAACAUAUAAAGAAACAGUAUUAGAACCAAUGUUGAAUGGUACAGAAAAAUCACCACCAUUCAUACAGGAUUACAAAGAAUAUCAUACGGAUGCGACUGUUAAAUUCGUCAUUACAUUGUCUGAAGAAAAUCUACAGAAAGCAUUGAACAAUGGCUUACAUAAAACAUUCAAAAUUCAAACAUCAAUGUCUACAACAACUAUGGUACUAUUUGAUCAUCUUGGUUGUUUAAAAAAAUAUGAAACACCAGAAGAAAUUCUGCAAGAAUUCUAUCCGGUUCGUCUUGAAUAUUAUGCCAAACGUAAAGCCUAUUAUGAAGGUAUUUUAGAAGCUGAAACGUUGAAACUUGAAAAUCAGGCUAGAUUUAUUUUGGAAAAAAAUGAUCGCAUUUUAAUUAUGGAAAAUAUUAAAAAGAAAGAUUUCAUUACAACACUUGUUAAAAGAAAUUAUGAUUCCGAUCCAGUAAAAGCAUGGAAGAAAAAGAAUUCCGAUAAAGAUGAAGAAUCUGAUAAAGAAUCCGAUGAUGGUGAUGAAUAUCCAGAAAAACGAUAUAAUUUUGAUUAUCUUAUUGAUAUGAGUAUGCGUAGUAUGUUACGUGAAAAAGUGGACGAAUUAUUAAAACAACGUGAUCAUAAGAAACAAGAAUUGGAAAAACUUCGACUUUCAACAUUAGAAGAUCUUUGGGAAGAAGAUUUAAGACAAUUUCUUGAUGAAUUAGAUCAUGUUGAACAAUUUGAACGUGAACAGCUUGAAUCAGGUAAUAAGUUAAAGUUGAAAAUGAAACAUUCAUCAAAAGUAUCAUCACGUCCGGUCAAAAAACAAACAUUUAAUGGUGCCCUAAAUGAUUAUAAACCAUCACCGGAUGGUGAACGUAUUGUGCCCAAAAUUGAUUCCGAAUUGUUAAGAAAAACAAAUCUAAUUAUGAAUAAAAAACAACAAUCAUUAUUAGCUAAUAAUAAUAAUGUUGAAAAAUUAUCCAACUCGGAUAAACCAGUAAAUAGUGUUGAAAUGGCUUCAACAAACAACAAUGUCAUUGCUAUCGAUUCUGAUAGUGAAAAUGAAUACAUUCCAUUGGCACAACGUAUUGGUAUAUCACCAGAAUUGGUUGAUAAGAAAAAAGCAUUGACAAGUAAACGUAGGGAUGAAAAUGAUCCGCCAACAAUAACGACGACGACAACAACAAUAACAACUUUGCCAAAAUCAAAAAAAUCAAAUAAUAAAAAAACCAAAGAAAAUGGUGAUGCAUCAAAGUCGUCAGCUAAAUCAACUAAAACAAAAUCGAAUAAAAAGAAAAGUCGAAAUCCAUGGUCAGAUGAUGAUCUAUCCGAAGAUAAUGAUGAUGAAAUGGAAUUAGAUCUUGAUGAUGAUGACGAUGAUGAUUUUGAAUUAAAUGUUCGACAUGUACAGCCAAAAACAAAAAAAUCAAAAUCAGAAAUCACUACCAAAAACAGUAUUGAAACAAUGCCCGUAGCCACUCAACCUCCAGUUACUCAACAACAACCACCACCACCACAACGAACAUUUGCCGAUAGUGAUGAAGAUGAUGAACUACUUAAACCACCUAAACAACAGGAACAGAAAAAAACAAGUGAAGAAUUAUUUGAUUCGAUAUUUACAUCAUCAUUUACAUCGUCAACAUCGAAUGAACCACCGAAAUCUACCAAUGGAACGAUAAAAUCUGCCACAAUGGAAUCAAAUAAUAAUAAAAAUGAUGAUCGACUUUUCGAUGACGAUGAUGAUGAUGAUAUUUUUCAAAAUGAUAAACGAGAUGAUUUCGUUAAUGCAGUAGCAACGGCGGAAACAAUCAAAACGACUAAAAAAGUCAAGAAAACGACAAAGAAACAAAAAUUACAUAGUGAAGAUGAUGAUGAUGAUGAUGAUGAUGAUGACAAGGAAGAUGAUUCAAACAGUUCAGAUUUUGUUAUAUCAGCUGCUUCGAAAAAAACUAAAUCGAAAAAAGCAACAACUGCUGGUGGAAAUAAAACAACAGCAUCUAAAAAGACGGCAGCCAAAACUAAGAAGAAAAAACGAAUUUUAGAUUCUGAAUCGGAUGAUUUUGAUGACGAUGAUGAUUUCAAAACAUCGAAAAAGAAAACCAAAAAGAAUAAAUUAAUAGUAAUCGAUGAAUCAUUUAAUGAUGAAAUUCCACCAGAAUUUCGUACGAAAACUGGUCGCAUUCGACAACCGGUCAACUAUAAUUAUGAUAAUUCAUCAGAUGAAGAAUAUUGAACCAAUUAUAUUAUCGAUCCUAAUCAUCAUAUUCUCUCAAUUCACGCAGAUUCGAUACAACUUAUUUGAUUAAUAUAAAAUUUUAAAAUUUUUUAUUUAUUA